GUGAUCAUAUGGGCAUUGCGCGCGCAUGUCAAGUGAGGAUAGUGAUGGUGAGUAACAAGAAACCUAACCUCUAAGCAUUUCUGUCAAACUUACCAAUCUCAUCGAACUUGAAUUUUUAACAACGAACUUUUAAGAUGUCAUCUAUCAAGUUGCUAGAAGACAGAAUUGCUAAUUUAGAGAAGCAAGUAUAUGGACAUGGUAAAACAAUUAGUAUCGAUGAUCCUGCACCACCAAACACUAUCAUUGAACGUCUCUUUGAUGUCAACUCGCUAAUCUCUUCAGCAUUGUCGGGCAGAGAAAAGCCAAAUGCACUUAUCAAACGGCUACCAGAAUUAAAUGGCUAUCUGGAACCUGCUUCUGAAGAUUUUGAUAUACCUGUAAGUGCUAAAGCACAAUUGCUACUGGCGAUGGAGCCAGAAAUUAUAGAGAAUGAUAAUCUAUUAACCAAAGUGCAGGAGCUCAUGCCUAUAUUAGAAUCAGAACGUAUAAAAAAUGUGCCUGAAUUAAAUAGCACAUUUAAUAAAAUAUCAUUGUCAUACCUGAAAACUUACGAAGAUUCCAAAGAACUGAGUGCUCAUAUACAUGAUCUUUUAUCUAAAUAUAAUGCAGUCAUAAGUAGUAUAUCAGAAUCAUUAAUUACUUUAGAUGCUGCAGUUACGGCUGCUGAAAUAGCAGCUAAACCAAAGAAACAAACAGAUGAUUGAGGAAAUAAUUGUCCCAAUUAAUUACUUUAUUGUUAAUUUAUAUCGUAUUUUAGCUUUUAUAAUUAAUUUAUAUUUGAUCUGUUUUUUAUAGUUGAACUUGCUACACUAGUUCAAAGUUUAUUUUUCUCUUUUCAAUGUGGAGAGAAAGAGAUAAAUUCUGAACUAGUGCAGCCAGUUCAGCUAUAAAGAACAAAUUAAUUGUAUGUUUAGUUUUUAUGUUAUAGUGCAAAUUCAGUUUUAUCAAUUUUUAAAUUAUUUAUAGUAAUAUUUUAUAGAAGCAUACUAAAAUAGAAAAAGAAAAUAUUGGAUACAUAAUCUGUUUAAAAUAUGUUUUAUUUAUUAUUUUUAUUUGAAAUAUAAAAAUACGCAUUUUGCAAUGACUAUGCAUAUAUGAACAUACUGUUUAAUUUCUAUAACAAUGUAUUUUAUUAAAAUAGUUAUAUAUUAUAUAUACAGUUA